AAGUCCCAGCCAUCUUACUUCUCUUUCUCCUGCUUUGCUUCUUCUUCUUCUUGGCAGACCAAUCUUCCUUCCCUAAAUCCAUGGGCAAGCGCAGCUGCAGACUGCAGCAGGAAACCAUCUACCGUGAACUCGAAGAUGUCAGUAGCAAGGAGUGGGAGUUCAUCGACAUGUCAGAGCAAGAGGAAGACCUCAUCCACAGGAUGUACAGGCUUGUUGGCGACAGGUGGGGUCUGAUAGCCGGUCGAGUCACAGGGAGGAAAGCAGAGGAGAUCGAGAGGUUUUGGAUCAUGAGCUAUGGCGAGUACUUUGCGGAGAAGCGGCUUAAGAGGGAGGCAGGUUGUAGUGGCAGAGCAACAUCUUGAGAUGUCGUUAGUGCAGCUGAAUGUAUUCCUCCACCUCUAUCCUCCCUCCUCUUCGUUCCCAUGGGCUGCAAGAAACAAAUGAUACCCUAGUCCUUGUACUUGUAUGCGAACAUACCACUGCAGGACCGAAGAGGAUUAACAUGCAGACUCUUUUCAUCAACA